AAACAAAAGCAAACGAACACCGUGACAGCACUCACUGCUGCUGCAGGGUUUUGGGUGGGAUACAGCCCAUUGGUGCAUUUGUUUUGCUAGGGGGCAGUAUGCAAAGAAACUAAUCUACGGCAAACUUUUCGCGAAUCUCACCCGCCGCGCACAUCCAGUACAAUAAAGCUCCGAGCUAUUGCGGUGAUUGCUAGCGAUGAAGUAGGGACAGUGUUGCGGUGUUUCGUCCCAGUAGAGAGUUCAAUAGCGCAGCGCGGCUGUUCCAGAGUCCCCCUAUACGACGUAAAGCUUCCGCACGAUGCACGCAGCACUGGUGUACGUGUGCAUUGUUGGUGCGCUGUUAGUGGUGGGUGGAGGUGGCAGUGAAGCGACCCAGCAACAGAACAAACCACCGGACCUGAAUGGGACGGUGGCGAAAGUGAUUGACGCAAUGGUGGAGGACGGUGGGAGGAAUGGUACGGUUGGAGUACCGCUGGUGGAGCAUCAUGCCGAUCGGGGCCAGCGGAUAGUGGCACGGAAAGGGGUAAUCAAUGAUGUGGCAACAGUGAUCAGGGGGUCCGUCACGGACCAACAAACACCUGGCAGUGAGGAUGGGGCCAGUGUACCUGCCGUCGUCGCCUCUGCCACUAACAACGUGACGCACAGCGUACCUGCCACGCAGUCAAACGUAACUACCACCACGACCUCGGUGGCGUCGAGUGCAUCGAACGGUGGUUCCACCAUACCCACAAUCAGUGCAAACGCAUCCUCAACCACGGCGAGCUCCGCAAAACCGCAGCCGACACCAACACAAUCAAAACCUCCCAGCAGCAGUACCAACGCAACAACGACCCUCGGGACAUCCGGUACGAGCAGUAGUAACAGUAGCGUUAGUAGCACCUCUACCACCACCAGCACUACACCGUCAACAACGACCACCUCGAGCACCUCAACCUCCACCACCACCACGAAACCUCCAAAGAAGCCAAAGAUCACCUACUCGGUUGAAGACGAACCAAAACUGCUCCAGGCGGCCAAACCAGGUUACGGUGCACCGUACGAUCCGGUAGAUAGCAGUGGGCGACUGCGCGUGGACGAACCGCUCGCCCAAUUCUCCAAGGAAUUUCUCGGCGGCGUUGGUGGUCCCGGUGAACCGCCCAACUCACGUCGCGAGUACAUCGUCCCGAUCGUGACGUUGAUCUUCGCCAUUCCGCUACUGUUGGGCCUGUUCUUGCUGUCGUACCGGCGGGCCAAGGAGUUCUGGCUGACGCGCCAUUACCGGCGGAUGGAUUUUCUCAUCGACGGCAUGUACAACUACUGAGGUCGUUCGAAUGCCUGCCUGCUUCCUUCCAUUCGAUCGUUCAUUCAAAAGCGAUAAAGUGCCUUCUUACCUCACACCGGAUACCGGAUACCGAACACGUAGAAGAAAAAGAUAACCCCGACCCUAAAAACACUUACCAGGUGAUGCGAUGAGAUAGGUUAGAUUGAUCGAAGCGCGAUCUCCUCCAUGAAUAUCCUUACACAGCUAGUACUACGCUAACGAUUAGCUCUACCCCCCAAUGCUAACUACUUCUCCUGUACUGUAGGGAAAUCGGUUUGGAUUAUUUUUGUUUGGGUUUAUCCUCCAGGUAGCCAGUGGUGCUAGCCAGAAAGGAAUACCGUAAAAUUGAUAGGCAAAAGCAAACGCUAUUAAAGUAGAUGCAGCUAGUGCAUACACGGUGCGUUAGAAUAUAUAGAGAGAGAGAGGGUUUUGAAAAAAAAAGGAUCUAGAGACAUUAAAGAAGCGAAAAAGGAAGAAAAAAAAAACGUUAAUAUUAGAUACGAUAGCGGAGUAACACAAAAGUAACGCUACUAAAACACGAGUAAAACAUUUUUUGGAAUACUGUGAGUUAUCUUUAACAGGAAGAAAAAAAGUAUUGUUAACAGUUUUUUUAAUAGUGUCAAAAUAUACUUUGAAAAAAAAAGAAGAAUAUUAGACGUAAA